AUGCAUCGUGCCUCACCAACUCAACUUCAUAAACAUGUUUCGCAGUUAUUAACCGGAGGAAUCAUAAAAACACUUCCAGUAUGGUAUUCAGCCAUGAACAAAUUUCCACCCGGUCAGAGCUUAUUACGUAGUCCUUUACAGUUUCGUGAAAAAGAUUUGUCAAGAAAGAAAUUGCCUAACAAAAAAGCACCUUCUCCAAAGCAUUUGAAAACAAAGAUUCCACGGCCGCAAAAGAUUCGAUACAUGGAAGAUAGUUUACGUAGAGAAUUUUAUCGUGAACAUCCAUACGAACUGUUGAGACCACAAAUCAUGAUGGAAAAAAAUGAUGGAAUUAUGGAAGGUCACGGUGAAUUAUUAAGUAAAUUGAAAUUCCCUUGUCGGGUUACUGGUGAAGACGUGAUUAGGUACCAAACGCAUUUAAUGAAAGUUCAAAAGUUAGGAAAACAUCAGGCAUAUGUCGAAGCCUGUAACGAAUUUUAUAAAAUUCGAGCAAGAGAGGAGGUUGCGGAACGCGUUGCAGAAGAACAAGCUUUGUUAUUUGGGGCUAAGAUAAGUCGAUCACAAACCGAAAGAUCCUUAUGGUUGGAACACGAGAAUCUUCAAAUGUCUGAACCACAAGUUAUUAAUCAAGUUUUGAGAAUUAUGUCUUAA